UCUGCAAAAAGAGAUUGCCGUGGAACUGGGAAUCCCAAACUAAAAGUUGAAAAGAUGGGAAAUGCCGAAAGCAAUGCCUAUCGGAAUCACCUUUCCAGAUUUCUUCCUGAGGAGCAGUCUGACAUUGAUGGAGUGUUUGAUACCUUAUCAGGAUCAAGUCGCUCAGCUGGAGCAAAAAAUGGCAAAGCUACAAAGAAAACUGUGACUCUGGCAGCACUACAGGCAUAUAUGCAAGAGCCAUUACCAGAGCAAAUGACUGUUCGGUUAUACAACGGAAUGAAAAGUAUUGACCUGACUGGAAAAUCAUCUGGGCUGAGUGAACAGAUUGCUAAGGAGCAGUUUGUAAUUUUUAUGUCAAACCUCUUAAAAGGGAAUGCAGAUGAGAAGAUUACCAUAAUAAUGAGAAUGAUCUCCGAAACAGAAGGGCCCGUGAAGGGCAAACAAAUCCAAGAGUUCACAGAGGAUCUGAUCAUGUCUGUAGUCCACGUACUGAGCUACAGGAAGGAACUGAAAGGUUGGAAUUUGGAGAAUACUGGGGAUUCUGCAGGUGGAGUAAAGGCUCUGGCUUCUCAGCUGCUAUCAGAAUUGAAGCUUGCAGAUGGAACAAAACCUGUGGGUCCUCAGCUGAUGGAGACAAAUUUUGAUCAAAGUGUCAUUGAGGAUUGGGUGUACCGAGUUCCACAGAUCUCAAUUUUCCUCAGUGUUGUUAUCAGGCAAGGCCUUCAUGUUCUGCAUUCUGUCCCAGACCAAACCAAAGACAUACUCAACCUGGUUCCAGCCUGCAAAGGCAUCAAAAGAAGAGGACUUGUCAGUCUCUUUGACAUCCCAUCCAUCAUAUACAUCAACUCCCAUCUGCCUGCAGAGCUACAGCACAAGUGGCAGCUUUUAUUUUCUUCUAGGCUGCAUGGAGAAAGCUUUUCACAGUUAUGUGGGCAUAUAGUGAACAAAGGUCCUUGUAUAGUGAUCUUAAAGGACUUAGAUGGUUAUAUCUUUGGUGGGUUUGCAUCUCACUCCUGGGAGGUGAAGCCACAGUUUCAAGGUGACAACAGAUGCUUUCUUUUCUCUGUUUUCCCCUCCCUUGCUGUAUACCCAUACACAGGGUAUAAUGACCACUACAUGUAUUUGAACCAUGGCCAACAAACAAUGCCAAAUGGACUUGGUAUGGGUGGACAGCAUGGGUACUUCGGACUCUGGGUAGACAGUGACUAUGGGAAGGGACACAGUAAAGCAAAACCUCGAUGUACCACCUACAACAGUCCCCAGCUGUCAGCUAAAGAGGAUUUUACGUUGGAUGCCAUGGAAGUUUGGGCAGUGGGAGACCUUACUGAAAGUGCAGGGACAAAAGGUAAGAGUAUCCUGGAUGUAGACCCUGAGGCUCAGGCCUUGCUAGAAAUGGCUGGAAAAAGUCGUCAGAGCGAAGGUCUGCGAGAACCCAUUGAAGACGAUGAUGAUGACGAUAGCUAAAAGAAU